AGCUACCACUUGCUCAUCAUUUUUUUGACACAAGAGCACCCGGGACGCGGACCAGCCUGCGCGAGGUGAGUGCGGCCGCCGGGCAGCCCAUGCGGCGCUCCUCCUCAUCCAGCGGGCAGAUCGCCCGAGCCUACGCAGUCCCACGGACGGAAUCUCGGCGGCGAGGCACCGCGGUCGUCGCGGCGGCAACGCUCGCGGCGCUCGGUGCCGCGCACGUCGCGAUUUCGCUGUCGCGCGGGUCCGGCAGCCCGGGCGCGGGCGGGCACCCGUUCGACGCCCUCCCGGAGGCGGGCGGCGGCGCGGACGCGCUCGUGGCGCGGGGCGGCGCGGACGCGCUCGUGGCGGUGUUGGGCGGCAACGCAUCGGCGGCGGCGGCGGUGGCGAGCGCGACAUCAGACUACGACGUCGUUAUGGUGCUCGACGGUGCCGCGGCCGCGGCCGCGGCGCGUGAACAGCUCGAGGGGCGCGCGAGGGUCGCCGUCUGGCCCGAGCUGCUCGCGGGCCGCGGCGACCGUGCAAUCUUCGGUGCGUGGUCCGAGGUCGUGCGCGCCGCGGCGGCGGCGGGGUACGCCCGCGCGGUCGUGGUCGAGCGCGGCGCGGCGGCGUCGCGCGAGAGCGUCGCGGGCGUCGUCGCGGCCUUGAGGGCCGGCGCCGCCGUCGCGGUCCCCGCCGCCGUGAACACCCGCGCGGCGCCGCGCGCCGCGGCGCCGCACGCGGCGCCGGUGCGCGGCGCUUCGCUCAUCGCGGACAUCUUGGCCCUGCAGCCUGCCGCGGCCGCGGCGGACGGCGGCGCGGUCAUCGCGCCGACUUAUCCCUCGGUUCCGACGAUGUCGUCGUGUGUCGUCGGCUUCAGCCUGGACCGGGCGCGGCGCUUCGGGUUCUCGACGCCGCGCGCGGCCAUGGGAGGGCCGCUCGGGGGGCGCGCCCCGCGCAUCGUCGCACACCUCGAAGACGGCCGCGUGGGCGCGGCGGCGACUGAAGGCGCCGCGACGUGCGCCGCGGACUCCGCGUGGGCGCGCGCGAACGUGACGGUCACGGACCUGGCGCGCCCCUUCUCGCCGCUCGUCCACGACGCCAUGCGUCGCAUGCGAAAGGCCGUGCGCAGGCCGCCGCCGAGCCUCGAUUGGACGCUCAGCGCCAGCGAGUCGGUCUUUGGCUGCGACUUCAAACGGAACGUGCGCCAGCCAUCGACGGUCGCCGCGUGCGAGCUCGCGUGCGCCGAUUCCCGCAAGUGCCGGGCGUUUACGUUCAUCGCGGGCGAACAGAUAUGCGUCCUGAAGAAUUGCGCGCGGCUCUCGCCCGCGAAGGGCCACGACACCUACAUCCGCGGUCCGAAGAUUCCGGGGCCGCGGCGCUACGCGCGGCUCCCCGGCGUCGCCGUGGGCGGCUGCGACUUCGAACGAAGCGAGCUCCGCGACGCGACCCUGGACGUGUGCCAACGAGCGUGCACGCUCGAACGGCGAUGCAGAGCGUUCUCGCACCUGAGAGAUCUGAACAUCUGCUACCUCAAGUCCUGCGCCUCGACGCCGACGACCCACCCGGCCUUCGACACGUACGUCAAGCCCGACACGUGCGUCGCGGCGCCCCCCCCCCAGCCGCUCGCCGCGCCGAAGAAGGUCGCCGUCGUCAUUACCGUCCACGACGCGGCCGAGUGGGUCGAGCGGACGCUUACCUCGCUCUGGGCCCACGCGGACUCCCCGGCGGGCCGCGCGCUGCCCGACGCGGGCGACGCCAUCUUCCUCGUGAACGACGCGUCGGGCGCCGAGACCCUUCGGAGGCUGCGCGAGGUUGCCGAGGCGCGGGGCAGGGCCCGGCGCCUCGCGGUGCGCCUGGUCAACUGGGACGGCGGGCAUCGACUCGACGGCUACACGCGCGCCGCGAACCUCGGGAUCCGGGCCGCGCUCCGCGAGGCGCCCUACGCCGCGUUCUGCCUCCUGAACAGCGACGUGGAGGUCGUCGACCCGCGCUGGCUCGAGACGCUCAAGCGCCACGCGUUCUCGGAUCCAACGAUCGGCGUCGUCGGCCCGCUGUCGAAUGCCGCGUCGUACCAGUCCGUGCCGGCGCUGCGCGUGCAAACUGGAAAAGAAUCCGAGGACUGGUCGAAGAACGAGCUGCCGCCGGGGCCCGCCGACGACCCGUGGACGCCGCGGGGCGUCGCGGCGGCCGUCGCGCGCGGAUCGCGGCGGAGGCUCGUCGACGUGCCCGUGCUGAACGGGUUCUGCCUGUUCGUCAAGGCCGAGGUCGUCGAGGCGGUCGGGCUCAUGGACGAGGUCGCGUUUCCCCACGGCUUCGGCGAGGAGAACGACUUUGCGCUGCGCGCGCUCGCGGCGGGCUACUCGCUCAAAGUCGCCGACGACGUCUACGUCUGGCACCACAAGUCCAAGUCCUACGGCGACGCGACGCGGCAGGCGCUGAGCGCCGGGUCGGCCGAGGCCAUGCGCGAGCGGUGGGGCUCCAUGCUCCGCCACGCCGUCAAGCUCCUCGAGACCAACCAGGAGCUCGCGGAGGCGCGUCGGCGCGUCGGCGCGUCGCUGACCGGGAGCGCCUGCGGCCCGGGGCGGCUGCGGGUCCUUUUCGUCCUCAACCCGCAGAAGGAACACCGGGAACACGAGUUCCAGAUGCACGGCGGCUGGAUUUCCAUCGUCAACGAGGCGCUGGGCCUCAGGGAUCGAGGCGCGUGCGCGCAGGUGGCCAUGUCCAGCUGGUUGGUGCCCUACUUCGACCGCGCCUUUCCGCAGCCGGCGGGCGCGCCGCCGCUCGUCCUGGCCUACGGCGACGCGGUGCUGCGGCCGGAGCAGCUCGCGGACGCGCUCUACGAACGGGCGGCGGCGUUCGACGUCGUCGUCGCGACGCUCUUCACCACCGUCGAGCCGGUCAACCUCGUCGCCGCGUGCCACCCGAACCUCCUCCCGGCCUACUUCAUCCAGGACUACGAGGUCAAAUUUGCGAGAAUGACGCCGAACCAGCGUCGGCGCGCCCGCGAAUCGUACACUCUGUACCCUCGGAUGCUGAGCUUCGCCAAGACGGAGUGGCUGCGGCGGCGGAUCCGCAAGGCGCACGGGACGCGCGUCGCGGCCGUCCGCGGCACGAUCGCGCUCGAGCGCUUCCACGCGGCGCGGGCGCAGGCGCCGCGCCCCGACGCCGACGCCGUCGUCGUGUUCGUCGCCAUGGUCCGCCCGUCCACGCCGCGCCGCAACGCCGGCGGCACCAUGCGCGUGCUCGAGGGACUCCGCCGGCGCCUCCCGGGCGCCGUCGCGACGUUCACCUUCGGCUGCGUCCCGUCGGAGUUCGACGCGCUCCUCGCGUCGGACGCGCUCCGCGAGCUGCGCCUCGACGCCGGCGCGACCGAGGCCCACCGGCGGCACCACCUCGGCACGCUCGACCAGGACCAGAUCGCCGCGCUCUUCGCGCGCGCGCACGUGUUCCUGGACAUGAGCCACUGGCAGGCCUUCGGGCGCGCCGGGCUCGAGGCCAUGGCCUCGGGCUGCGUCGCCGUCGUGCCGGCCGACUCCGGCUCCGAGGACUACGCCGUCGACGGCGUCAACGCGCGGCUCGUGUCCACGAAGGACGAGGCGGGCGCCGUCGCCGUGCUGGCGGAGCUCGCGCGCGACGCGGCGCUGCGCGCGCGGCUGAGAGCGCGGGCCCUCGAGACCGUCGAGGGGUACGCGCUCCGCGCGGCGUCGGCCACCACGCUGCGGGUCCUCUGCGACGCGCUCGACGACCACGCCGACCGCGCGUUCUCCGUCCACGUGCCCUGCCGCGACAACCCCUUCCUCGACUUCUCGGCGUGAGGGACGCCGGCGCCGCCCAGCUGGUGUUGGACGAGUCGAACAAUAUGAUCCCAAGAAAUGCAAAUAUAAAAGAAGCAAGGCGUCGGCCGGGUGGCUAGGCAGCCUAGCCUCAGCCUCAGGCUGAGCUCCGAGUCUAGAAAUCGCCGAGGACACUUCCGAGGACGGACUCGGAGGAGGCAGAGCUACACAUCACGCCGCUGAUAAUCCCAAGAGCAAUCAUAAAUACAGCAUUUUAUCUAUAUUUGCGCGUCUGCGACCAUGGAAAAAAAAUUUGGUGAUGGGACCGAUAUAUUAGAACUACUAGUAUUAUCAUCCUGAGUCACCUUUUAUUGCCGGACGAAUUUCCCGUCGCAAACCCCAUCAAACAUGGGGAGAAACUAUUUCGUUAGACGACUACACUACGC